AGAAAGAAGAAGAGGCAGCAACAGACACACAGAGGAUUAUGAAUAAGUUCAAUCUGGAAAAGCAGAUUUGAAUUACAGAAUGAAGACCCUUCAGCUCAAGAUGAAGAUCUUCAUCUCCAUCCUCUACCUGAUCUCAGGCCCAGUGUGCUGCUCUGAUGUGUUUGUCUACUCAGGAGGAAGCGUCAUUUUAUUCCCUGAUCUAAUGUGGGAUGUAAACAAUACAAAAUAUAUAUGCAGGAUGGAACAAACUGGCUGCCGGAAUGUAAUAAAAGAUCAAACAAAUAGCAAGUCUGUCACUAGCGGGAGGUUCAAGAUGUAUUCAAAUGUAGAUGGAGAGUUUACAGUGUUGAUCAGAGAGCUGAACCCACAGGAUUCUGCCGUGUACAGAUUUGGAGUUGGGAAUGAAAAGUAUAAGGACAUCAAGCUGACCGUUCAGAGUGAUUCUUGUUGUGAGGGAAUUAAAAGAAUAAAAGCUUAUCUGGGAGAGACGGCCACCUUCAAAUGUAGCUAUCCAGAUGAGUUCAAGACAAACAACAAGUACUUAACCAACCUCAAUAAUCAAAACACAAUCAUUUACACUGGAAAAGAGGCUCAGAAAGAGCAGAAAGACAGAUUCUCCAUCUUUGAUGACAGAAGAUCUAAAUUCUUCAGUGUGAACAUCAGCGAUGUGACAGAAGAUGAUGGAGGAGUUUAUCUGUGUGGAGUGUGGAAGAAAGAGACAUCAGUGGGUUAUUAUUCCUACUUCAGAGAGAUUCAGCUCCAAGUGACUGGUCAAGUGUUCGGCUAUUUAGCAGGAAGCAUCACAUUACUCCCUAAUCUACAGUGGGAUGUAAACAAUACAAGAUAUAUGUGCAAGAUGGAACAAAGUGGCUGUGUCAAUAUAAUAAAGGACCAGACUCAGAGCAAUGCUGUUACUAGCGGGAGAUUCAAGAUGUAUUCAAAUACAGCAGGCAACUUUACAGUGUUGAUCAGAGAGCUGAAGCCUCAGGACUCUGCCGUGUACAGAUUUGGAGUUGGGAAUGGGAAGCAUAAGGACAUUGAGCUGACCGUUCAGAAUGAUUCUUGUUGUGGGGGAAUUGGAAAAAUGAAAGCUUAUCUGGGAGAGACAGCCACCUUCAAAUGUAGCUAUCCAGAGGAGCUCAAGACAAAGAACAAGCGGUUAAUCAACCUCGAUAACCGGAACAAUGUUAGCCCGAUCAUUUACACUGGAAAAGAGGCUCAGAAAGAGCAGAAUGGCAGAUUCUCCAUCUUUGAUGACAGAAGCUCUAACGUCUUCAGUGUGAACAUCAGUGAUGUGACAGAAGAUGAUGGAGGACUUUAUCUGUGUGGAGUGUGGGUGUGGAAGAAUGAGAAGUCGGUGCGUUAUUACUCCUACUUCAGAGAGAUUCAGCUACAGGUUAACGAAAAAUCAACAGUGCUACCAGAAACUCCAAGCACAACUACGGAACCAACUACAGCUUCAACCUACUGGACCACGUCAACAGCACCAGUGGCAGAAACAACUGGUGAGCAUCUCAGUCAAGUGUUUGCCUAUUCAGGAGGAAGUGUCAUUUUAUUCCCUACUCUACAGUGGGAUGUAAACAAUACAAGAUACAUGUGCAAGAUGGAACAAAGUGGCUGCGUCAAUAUAAUAAAGGACCAGACUCAGAGCAAGUCUGUUACUAGCGGGAGAUUCAAGAUGUAUUCAAAUACAGCAGGCAACUUUACAGUGUUGAUCAGAGAGCUGAAGCCUCAGGACUCUGCCGUGUACAGAUUUGGAGUUGGGAAUGGGAAGCAUAAGGACAUUGAGCUGACCGUUCAGAAUGAUUCUUGUUGUGGGGGAAUUGGAAAAAUGAAAGCUUAUCUGGGAGAGACGGCCACCUUCAAAUGUAGCUAUCCAGAGGAGCUCAAGACAAACUACAAGUACUUAAUCAACCUCAAUAAUCAAACUAUUGUUAAAGAGAUCAUUUACACUGGAAAAGAGGCUCAGAAAGAGCAGAAUGGCAGAUUCUCCAUCUUUGAUGACAGAAGCUCUAACGUCUUCAGUGUGAACAUCAGUGAUGUGACAGAAGAUGAUGGAGGACUUUAUCUGUGUGGAGUGUGGGUGUGGAAGAAUGAGAAGUCGGUGCGUUAUUACUCCUACUUCAGAGAGAUUCAGCUACAGGUUAACGAAAAAUCAACAGUGCUACCAGAAACUCCAAGCACAACUACGGAACCAACUACAGCUUCAACCUACUGGACCACGUCAACAGCACCAGUGGCAGAAACAACUGGUGAGCAUCUCAGAAAGAAACAUUCUGCAUGGGUUACAACAGCAUGGCUGCUUAAACACAGUAAAGAAAAAACAACUGCACUACCAGAAACUCCAAGCACAACCAUGGAACCAACUACAGCUACAACCGACUGGGCCAUAAUAGCAGCACCAGCAGCAGAAACAUCUGAUGAUCAUCUCCGUCAAGUGUUUGGCUAUUUAGCAGGAAGCAUCACUUUACUCCCUAAUCUACAGUGGGAUGUAGACAAUACAAGAUACAUGUGCAAGAUGGAACAAAGUGGCUGCGUCAAUAUAAUAAAGGACCAGACUCAGAGCAAUGCUGUUACUAGCGGGAGAUUCAAGAUGUAUUCAAAUACAGCAGGCAACUUUACAGUGUUGAUCAGAGAGCUGAAGCCUCAGGACUCUGCCGUGUACAGAUUUGGAGUUGGGAAUGGGAAGCAUAAGGACAUCAAGCUGACUGUUCAGAAUGAUUCUUGUUGUGGGGGAAUUAAAAGAAUAAAAGCUUAUCUGGGAGAGACGGCCACCUUCAAAUGUAGCUAUCCAGAUGAGCUGAAGACAAACAGCAAGCGGUUAAUCAACCUCAAUAAUCAAACUAUUGUUAAAGUGAUCAUUUAUACGGAAAAAGAGGCUCAGAAAGAGCAGAAAGACAGAUUCUCCAUCUUUGAUGACAGAAGCUCUAACGUCUUCAGUGUGAACAUCAGUGAUGUGAGAGAAGAUGAUGGAGGACUUUAUCUGUGUGGAGUGUGGAAGAAUGAGAAGUCGGUGCGUUAUUACUCCUACUUCAGAGAGAUUCAGCUACAGGUUAACGAAAAAUCAACAGUGCUACCAGAAACUCCAAGCACAACUACGGAACCAACUACAGCUUCAACCUACUGGACCACGUCAACAGCACCAGUGGCAGAAACAACUGGAAAGAAACAUUCUGCACGGGUUACAACAGCAUGGCUGCUUAAACACAGUAAAGAAAAAACAACUGCACUACCAGAAACUCCAAGCACAACCAUGGAACCAACUACAGCUACAACCGACUGGGCCAUAAUAGCAGCACCAGCAGCAGAAACAUCUGAUGAUCAUCUCCGUCAAGUGUUCGGCUAUUUAGCAGGAAGCAUCACAUUACUCCCUAAUCUACAGUGGGAUGUAGACAAUACAAGAUACAUGUGCAAGAUGGAACAAAGUGGCUGCGUCAAUAUAAUAAAGGACCAGACUCAGAGCAAUGCUGUUACUAGCGGGAGAUUCAAGAUGUAUUCAAAUACAGCAGGCAACUUUACAGUGUUGAUCAGAGAGCUGAAGCCUCAGGAUUCUGCCGUGUACAGAUUUGGAGUUGGGAAUGGGAAGCAUAAGGACAUCAAGCUGACCGUUCAGAAUGAUUCUUGUUGUGGGGGAAUUAAAAGAAUAAAAGCUUAUCUGGGAGAGACGGCCACCUUCAAAUGUAGCUAUCCAGAGGAGCUGAAGACAAACAGCAAGCGGUUAAUCAACCUCAAUAAUCAAACUAUUGUUAAAGUGAUCAUUUAUACGGAAAAAGAGGCUCAGAAAGAGCAGAAAGACAGAUUCUCCAUCUUUGAUGACAGAAGCUCUAACGUCUUCAGUGUGAACAUCAGUGAUGUGAGAGAAGAUGAUGGAGGACUUUAUCUGUGUGGAGUGUGGAAGAAUGAGAAGUCGGUACUUUAUUACUCCUACUUCAGAGAGAUUCAGCUACAGGUUAACGAAAAAUCAACAGUGCUACCAGAAACUCCAAGCACAACUACGGAACCAACUACAGCUUCAACCUACUGGACCACGUCAACAGCACCAGUGGCAGAAACAACUGGUGAGCAUCUCAGAAAGAAACAUUCUGCAUGGGUUACAACAGCAUGGCUGCUUAAACACAGUAAAGAAAAAACAACUGCACUACCAGAAACUCCAAGCACAACCAUGGAACCAACUACAGCUACAACCGACUGGGCCAUAAUAGCAGCACCAGCAGCAGAAACAUCUGAUGAUCAUCUCCAAAAAUCAAGUGCACUGCCAGAAAGUCCAAGCACAACUAUGACGACAGCAACAGCUUCCUGGACCGCAUCAACAGCACCAGCAGCAGAAACAUCUGAUGGUCAUCUCAGUUCCUCUGUCAUCAUCACUGUAUGUGUCUGUGUGGCUCUGUUGCUGAUUGGAGGAUCAGCACUGAUCAUCCACAAACUGAGGAACCACAGGAUACAGGACUCCGCCUCGACUGGCCAGAGAACAGAGAAGUAUAAAGAGGGUGUUUACAUCACCAUGGAUCCAGUCCAGAAGAGCCUACACCCCAAAAGCAACAUACCAGAUUUAGUUUAUGAGGAUCCUGAUCGAAACACUAACCAAAAAGAUUUUAUCUAUGAGACCAUGGUCCAUAACUCCAACCAAUCAGAUUCGAUUUAUGAUAAUGCUUAA